AUGACAACUCUUAUUCCCAAUGGAAAGCCUUUAAAAACAAAUGGAACAUGUACGCACGUGCUCUCCACUGUUACUGGGCAUCGUCCAAGUUCCUGCAGAUCAAAAAGCGUCUCCUGCAGACACUCCAUGCAGUCAGGGGAGCGUCAAACUCGGUCUUGCAAUAAAACAAUCGUUCCAAGCAAUGCCUGCAACGUCUGCUGUACACGUCGUACAUCGACUGCAUCAGAUACGCAAUCUAUUCCCCCUGUAGCUCAAUCAGACCAACUUCCUUAUUAUUCCGGGAUGAACGCGUGUAUCCGCACUGUUCAGGAAGCACAGCCACAUGCAUGUUCCAAUCGCUUGCUGUUCCACUAUCCACGAUCAAACCAUUCAUCUCGCUCGGUUCAACAGUUCUCGAGGAACGUACUAGUCCAAUCAGUUCCGAAUUCUUCGGUCGGUGUUGAACAUGCGUACCGAACUGUUCGGUCCGUACCAUCUGAUCGCAUGGAAUUCGACUUGGAUGGAACUGUACGUCAUUUGACUUCAGCCCAAAGAGUCAAGUUGAUGCAAGAUUUGUCAGUGGUGGAAACGAACGUGAACCUAUUGAAUGACAUGCUGGCUGAACUACGACCCGACACUGUUGGCUUGGACGACCUGACUUUGUUGCAAGAACUGCAUCAAACUUGUCAGGCUAUGCAUCUACGUGUGAUGGAGUUCUUGGGUCAAGUGUCCGAUGAAGAAGCCACUCCUACUCUACUGCAAGUCAGCGAUAACUUGAACAGUGCGUUCAUGCGCUACGAGCGUUUCGAACGAUAUCGUUCACGUUCUACUCAAUCAGAAUCCGUCUCAUCAGAUUCUUUGGACUUGUCCAGAUCUGGUGGUGGCCCACUCCCCAUCAUGUAUUCCCACGAGAAACCCCUACUAGCUCUCACUUCCAAGGAUUCGCGAGAGUCACCUAGACUGCCUCUUGCCUUAACAUCUCGUUCUGAUCAACUGGAUGACGACGAUGACCCUCUCCUUGAUCUUACUGACGCAUCCAAUCGGCCAAGUCAUAGCAACCUUGUGAGUGCCGAACAGGUGGCUGAUUGGAUCGCUGCUCGACAGGCGGACGAGUCUGUUCGAAAUGUAGAUCAUAUUGCUCGGGCCAUGGAUCGUCUGGCCCUAGUGCCUGCUUGUGUGCCACCAGCGCAUUCUUCCUCGUGUACGAGCCAAAAACAAUACUUCCGAGCUGUCAAUUCGACUGAUUCUGUUUCCACUACUGGUGCAGCGUUUACCGCUCCCUCCGCAACUACCUCAUCUACUGUCAGCGGAGGAGUGCGUUCGAAAUCUUCCACUUCUGCAGAUCUGUUUCAACUUUGAAUAAGUGAGAUACAGCUAUGCGUCCUAGAUUACACGUGGUGUUGGUCAACGACUUCGUGGACAGCAAUCGGCUUCCUUAUCACCGUGAUUUUUGGCCCUUCCUCUGAUGUCAU